GCCUAUUGGGAGUGGGCCUAGAGGUAUGAAAGGGUAGAUAGAGCAGGAGUAACUAUCUUCUCAUUGUAAAUCCUUCUGCAACCAUGGACUGGAAUUUCUUGAAUUAAAAGACCAAACAAACCAAAGUUUUCAUGGCUGUUCACUGCCUGUUAAAUAAAAUCCAAACAUCUCAGAACCAUCUUCUGUAACCUUGUUACUCAAAGUGUGGUCCCUUAUUACUUGAAGUGUGGACCAGCAGCAUGGCCAUCACCUGAGAGCUUAUUAGAAAUGCAGGAUCUUAGCCAGGUGCAGUGGCUUACAUCUGUAAUCCCAGCAUUUUGGGAGUCUGAGGCAGGUGGAUCAUUUGAGGCCAGGAGUUCAAGACCAGCCUGGCCAACAUGGUGAAACCCUGUCUCUACUAAAAAUACAAAAAAAUUAGUCAGGUGCGGUUGCAUGCCUGUAAUGCCAGCUACCUGGGAGGCAGAGGCAGGAGAAUCGCUUGAAUUCAGGGAGGCAGAAGUUGCAGUGAGCCGAGAUCACGCCACUGUACUCCAGCCUGAGUGACGGAGCCAGACUCCUCUCAGAAAAAAAAGAAAAGAAAAAAAUGCAGGCUCUCAGCCACCACCCCAAAUUUACAAAAUCAGAAUCUUUAUUUUAACAAGAUCCGCAGAUAAUUCAUAUGCAGUCAAGCUUAAGGAGCAUCUUGCUUAUAAGCCCAAUGUGGACCUCUUCAGCUUCGAUAGUGGUUGCCCCUUUCUACUCCGUUAGUCUGAAUUCUAGCCCCUGCGGUGUGUGUGUGUCUAGCUAAAAUCCAGCUGCCGUUUUAGAGCUAGUUCCUCUGCUCCAGGAAGACUUCCAAGCCCUCUGCAGCUCUCUGUUACCACUGUUCCUUAAACUCCCACAUCUCUGACUGACUGAAGCUGCUUAGGCUUCAUUCUGCAAACAUGUAUUGGGCGCCUGCUGUGUGCCUGGCUGGAUUCAGUGCCAGGAUGGGGUGAAGGCGCUGAGGUCUCCGAGUGCUCUUUCAGGUUCAAAUCCAGAAUCGCCCAGCCCCACGCAAUCCGGGGCCAGAGGUUGUGCGCAGCACUCGAAUAUAUAUCUACAGGCGGUGCUGCGCGGCUUUUCUCAGUGUUACGGCGCCCUCCUCCCACCCCCGCACCGUGCGGGCGGGGACCCACGGUUUCUGCUCCGCAUUAGCUUCGGCGAAGGGAGGACCACCGGGAGCUGGUCCCGGGCGUCAGGUCGUCCGGCCCUUUUCAGGCUUGGGCCCGCAUGGAGGGUACCGUGGAGUCCCAGACGCCUGAUCUGCGGGAUGUGGAGGGUAAGGUGGGCAGGAAGACCCCUGAAGGGCUGCUCCGCGGGCUGCGAGGCGAGUGUGAGCCGGGAACCUCUGGCGCCCUGCUGCUCCCAGGGGCGCCUAGCACCGGCCACGGCUUGGGGGACAAGAUCAUGGCGCUGAAGAUGGAGCUGAUGGGGUUUCACCACGUUGGCCAGACUGGUCUUGAACUCCUGACCUCAAGUGAUCCACCCACCUUGGCCUCCCAAAUUGCUGGGAUUAUAGGCGUGAGGCACAGCACCCGGCAGGCUUACCUGCGAGCCAUCGAUGUGAAGAUCCUGCAGCAGCUGGUGACCUUGAAUGAGGGCAUCGAGGCAGUGCGCUGGCUGUUGGAAGAGCGGGGGACGUUGACCAGUCAUUGCAGCAGCCUCACCAGCAGUCAAUAUAGCCUGACAGGCGGGAGCCCAGGCCGCUCAAGGAGAGGCAGCUGGGACAGCCUGCCAGACACCAGCACCACCGACCGGCUGGACAGUGUCUCUAUUGGCAGCUUCCUGGACACAGUGGCCCCUGGCGAGCUGGAUGAACAGGGCCCACCUGGGGCUCCACGUCCUGAGAUGGACUGGGCAAAAAUUAUAGCUGGUGGAGAGAGGGCCAGGACUGAGGUAGAUGUGACAGCCAUGAGGCUAGGGAGUUUGAGGGCUGUGUGGAAGCCCCCAGGGGAGAGGCUUCAAGGUGGACCACCUGAGUCACCAGAGGAUGACAGUGCCAAGCUGGGCUUCGAGGCCCACUGGUUCUGGGAGCAGUGCCAGGAUGAUGUGACCUUCUUGUAACAACUUUUCCACCCUUUUGUAAUCCUCUUUUAUCUGUUAUUUGUGGUCUCCCUCAAAAUUGAUUCUCCCUCAGUCUGAGACUAGGAAGAGGCUGCACUGAAAUCAGUUGCUAUGGAAACCUGGCUCAUCAUUUACUGGUACCUAGGGAGGCUCUUCCUUUAUCCCUCAAUUAUUGGGUCCCUAGAGCUCUUUCUUUCUUUCUUUUUUUUUUUUUUUUUUUGAGACAGUCUUAUGCUGUCACUCAAGCUGGAGAGCAGCAGCAUGAUCAUGGCUCACUGUAGCCUUGACCUCCUGGGCUCAAGCAAUCCUCCCACCUCAGCCUCCCACAUAGUUAGGACCACAGACAUGUACCACCCUGCCCAGCUAAUUUUUAAUUUUUUUUUUUUUGGUAGAGACAGGGUUUCCCUAUGUUACCCAGGCUGGUCUCAAACUCCUGGGCUCAAGGGGUUCUCCCACCUCAGCCUCGCAAAGUGCUAGGAUUGUGCCUGGCCCCUAGAGAUAUUUCUGUAGAGAUACUGACUCUAGAGGAUUGACCUGUGGCUUCUGGUGUGAAGUAUCUCUUACUAUUCCCCGAAGCUAGGCAAGGAUUUAAGGCAUUUAGGACCCCCAGGAGUUCACUGAUGAAGAGAUGGGGGUGUAAUUACUUUACCCAAAGUCUAGAAGCCUUGGCCCCUCUCUUGGCCAAGAUGGAAGAUUGAGGAGGGACAUGGACAUUCAGGACUAACCCUCUAUGGGUUGGCCCUCCCAGAAGGCUCUGGGCUGGUGGACUUGCCCCUUCCUACCUGCUAAGUGAUGUCCUUUCCUGCCAGUAUGGGUAGCUCUUGGAUGGUGGUAGGUCAUAUAGGGGUAUCUGAGCCCCUGCUGCUAAGUGAUCACAUUAUUUAUUAUCCAUACCAUUACUUCUAGUGAACAUGAAGAUGUCACUCCUCCUAGCAGGAAAGCCUUUCACUGUCAGAUGUUUGUGCUUCUUUUCAGAAGGUUCUUACUUUUUAAAUAGAGCGUUCUCAUUUUAUCCUAGGGAAUCUCACUUCCUCUGUGGCUCCAUCCCUGUAUCCCUGUCUGGGCCAGCACUCCUGACUCUGUUUUUAGGGAGAGAAGCUUUCAGGGGUCUCCACUUAUUGCUCUCAAAUCUGUGUGGUCCGCCCCACCACAGUCCCUUGUCUUACCCUGUUCCUGUGUUGCCUCCAUUCCUGUAUUCUGUUUUUUGUUUUGUUGUUUCUUUGAGACAAGCUCUCACUUUGUCAUCCAGGCUGGAAUGCAGUGGUGCUCAUUGCAGGCUCAAUCUCCUGGACUCAAGUGAUCCUCCCUCCUCAGCCUCCGGAGGAGCUAAAACUAGAGGCAUGCAUCACCAUGCCUAGUUAAGUUUUGUGGUUUUUUCCAGAGACAGCAUUUUGCCAUGUUUCCUAGGGUAGACUUGAACUCCUGGACUCCAGCUGUCCUUCUGCUUCAGCCUCUCAAAGUGCUGAGAUUACAGGCAGGAGUCACUGUGUCUGGCCCUAUUCCUGUAUUCUGACUCCAUAUCUCCCUGCCAAGAAGUUCAGCUUCUGUGUGUCCUUGCCUUCUCAGUUUCUCCAGGCCUUUUAUAUGCAGGUGAGUCCUGGCCUCCCCUGCCUUUGUUGAUGGGAGCCAGGGAGAGAGAAGCUCAAGGUCUCAGAGCUCUGGGGGUGUACCAGAAUCUUGGAUGGGGGAGGUGUAAUCCUCUCUGACUUUGUGACUGCCCUUCCCCCACCCUGUCCCCAGCCUUCCACCAUUUGGUCACAAGGAUGCCUGCCUGAGGUCGGGACACAAGGAAUCGCCUUGUCUGGGCUACAGUGUGGGGGCGUGGCAGGGAAAGACAGAAGCUCUUUGGUCCCCCUGCCCCAUCCUGGAAGGUGAGAGGGAGCAAGGGAAAGGCUUGUUUACUUCCUCCCUUAGAGCAAGCCCUGACGGACUCCUGGAACCUGAGGAGGGAGCAGGGAACUGGCCCUGAGCCUGGGUCCCAGAGCUCUACUGAAUUACAGAUUACAUCAUAGAAGGAAUUCAGGAAAGCUGCCAACCUGGGGCUCAGAGAGAGGACAGUCCCGGAGUUGGGGGACAAGAGCUGUGGCUGGUGUCAGAGAAUGAAUUUGUAGAGAUUAAUCCUCUGAAUUCUGGGUAACUGCUCCAUCUGUUAGUCCCUGCCUUUCCUGGGCCUUGAAACUGGAAUGCUAGAGGAAAAAGAAGGUCAGAUGACUUUGGCUGUUCACUGUGUCCUGCAAAAAAGGCAUCCUCCUCAAAUCCUGGAAUAACUCCUGCCACUUCUCUAUUUUGUAUUCUGUGUUGGGGAAGGGAAGGAAGCCACACUGAUCAUCUCUGUUUCCCUAAAUUCCACAAGUCUCAUUUUGAAACUCCUACCCCAGUCCUUCUGGAGCAAUAUUCAGUCCAUGGCUCAUCCCUAAACACCCUCUCUUCUCCUCUCACCCCCUCAAAUGACUGAAAUCUCCAAAGUAUAUUUUCGGCCUUUUCCACUGCUCACAAGACCUCUCCAUAGAACUCCUUGGGACUCCUGACUUCCCCUCAGACUGAGAAUUUGAAUCUCCUAUUCUAGUCCUUACUCUGUUGCCAUUUUGCAGUGCGCCCUCGGUUAUCUACCCUUCCUGUUUUUUGUUUGUUUUUUGAGAUGGAGUCUCGCUCUGUCAUCCCAGCUGGAGUGCAGUGAUGUGAUCUUGGCUCACUGCAACCUCUGCCUUCCGGGUUCAAGUGAUUCUCCUGCCUUAGCCUCCCAAGUGGCUGGAUUACAGAUGUGCACCACCACCAUGGCCAGCUAAUUUUUGUAUUUUUAGUAGAGACAAGGUUUCAACAUGUUGACCAAGUUGGUCUUGAACUCCUGACCUCAAGUGAUCCACCCGUCUCAGCCUUCCAAAGUGCUGGGAUUACAGAUGUGAGCCACUGUGCCCAGCUUGUUGUUUUUCUAAGACAGGGUCUCACUCCGUUGCCCAUCCUGGAGUGCAGUGGUACAGUCUCGGCUCACUGCAGCGGCUGCCCCCUGGGCUGAAGUGAUCCUCCUCAGCCUCCUAAGUAACUGCAACUACAGGCACAUGUCACCAUGCCCGGGUUACUUUUUGUAUUUUUUCUAGAGACAUGGUUUUGUCAUGUUGCCCAGGCUGGUCUCGAACUCCUGGGCUCAAUCCUCCCACUUCAGCAUCCCAAAGGGCUGGGAUUACAGGCCUUAGCCACCAUUCCUGGCCUUUCUUUUUUUUUUUCUCUUUAGCAACAUUGUUCUGGAGUCAUACCCUUCUUCUUAGAAGCCAUUGUACAGUAUUCCUAUUUGAAGUUCACUUGUUCAGGCUGCAGACUUGUGAGCUGAAGAGGUUGCCCGCCCUCUUGUGGCCAUUAUGCACGACUGCUGGGGUUGCUGGGUGGAACCUCCAACCAAGCUCAAAACCAGCUCCCUCAGUGCACAGAAAGGCAAAUGAGUCAUAGACUCGCCCAGCGCCACCCAUUGUAAAGCUGUGGCAACGCCCAGGUCAGAAAACCCAGAUCACAAGCCUGCAUGCCCACAGCUUCAUCACUUGGCCAGCUAUUUCCAGUCAACACCGCUGAAGCCCAAAGGGACUGAAAGAAAUUUCUCCCGUUAUGUUUCAUUCUCACCCCUUCCUAAAGAAGCAGCUUAAUCUUUAGAGGAAGAGGUGCAGGCUCUGAAGAAAGAAAACCCUGAGACUGGAUUGGGUGAAGGGGGAAGAAUGCACUAAUGUGGAUCACAGAUAGGAGGAAAAUCAAUCCUGAACCCACCAUUUUUCUGGGAAGGAGGGCUAGUAGCUCCAGACAUCGUAGGAAUAGAGCUCAGCGUUUCAGACUUUAAGGGUUAGAAGCAGAGGUGGGAGUGGGAACCUGUGAAAUUAGGAAAUUUACAUGGGUCUUGCAGAAGCAGGUGUGGCUCCACAGGUAGGGAAUUAAAGGUCAAUUGGAUAGGCACCUGAAAGUGUUGUGGGCUGGAAAGCUGGGGUAAGUGAGGGUGCCUGGGAAUUCCACUUAGGUCUAGGCAUCCUGGCUGAAUACUUUAGAUUUCAGUUCACCACCAGAGAAGCCUGGGAAAUCCAGUAUCUUUGGUCUCUUCUACCUGUCUCUAGAUUGGCUGGUUGAGGCUCAGCUUCUCUCUAGACUUUUCUGGCUUAUAGGGUGCAGCUCCUUGAGAGCUCAAAGAAAGAGAAGGUAAGAAAAGGGAGAGAAAUGCAGACAGAGGAGAGGAUGAGAUGAAAACAAGGUGUGGAAAAUAUCAGAGGGAGUAUACUGCCCUCAAGUGCAGUAGUGGCUUUUGUCCGGGACCAGAGUAAAGACAAAAAUGAGACUGCUCACGGAAGCUGCAGAAACCGCGCCUGGGGAGAUAAGGGGGGAGGUGCAGGCUGGGACAUGAGACCAUGGGAGUGGGCAAUAUAAAGGCCUGCCCACUUUAUAUAAUAAAUAAAUAAGUAAAUAAAUUUAUUUGAGACUCAUAACAGAGUGAGGGUGUCACUCUGUUGCCCGGACUGGAGCACAGUGGCACGAUCUUGGCUCACUGCAACCUCUACCUCCCAGGCUCAGGCGAUUCUCCUGCUUCAGCCUCCUGAGUAGCUGGGACUCCAGGCGCACGCCACUACCAUCUGGCUAAUUUUUGUACUUUUAGUAGAGAUGGGGUUUCACCAUGUAGGCCAGGCUGGUCUCAAACUCCUGACCUCAAGUGAUCCACUUGAUAGGUCACCCAAAGUGCUGGGAUUGCGGGCUUGAGCCACCACGCCUGGCCAAGGCCUGCAUUUAGGAUGAGGGCACUGAGGUUGAGUACUGAGCCAACUAGAAGCUCAGUGGCAGCUUCAGUGAGAAACGCCUGGGGGUUGUAGCAGACACAAGCUCAUUGUGUGUAUGGUGUCAGGCACACACUGGGUGUUCAGUGACACCUGUUCAAUGAAUGGAAGGAUGAAUAUGUAUUAGCCCACAAGGAGAUGUGACUGGAAGAAAAGUUGGUCAUUUAUAAAUUAAAUGUGUUUAAAUUUACUUUUUAGCAAUCCUAUAAACUACAUUGUUAACAAUAUAGUCUUGCUUAGAAAUAUGCUCAAGGUUAGUUCAGUAACAAAUGAGCUGUGAUAACCUAGAUCAACCUGACUGCAGGGGCUUCUAGGAAGUCUUCUCUGAUUCCCUCCCAGGCCCUACACUCACAUAGACUUUAUUCUUCUAGGGCAACAGAUUCGUGCUGCCCGGAAACUGGGGCACUACAUUAGUUUCCUAUUGUCACUGUAAUGAUUUACCACCAAGUGGCUUAAAAAACAAAAUUAUUACGUUACAGUUGUGAAGUCCAAAAUCAGUUUCACCAGGCUAAAGUCAAAGCAUCAACAGGCCUACAUUCCUUCUGGGGGCUCCAGGGGAGAAUGUUUCCUUGCUUUCUCUAGCUUCUAGGUGCUGCUUGCAGUGCUUGAUUUGUGGCUCUUUUCACCAUCUUCAAAGCCAGCAGCAGAUCAUCUUCUCUCCUCUCUAACCUCAGUUUCCAUCCCUACAUCUAAUUCUACUGCCUCCCACUUGUAAGGAUUACAUUGGGCCUGCGGGGAUAAUCCAGUAUCAUUUUCCCAUGGCAAGAUCCUUAAUUAAAUCCUGCCUUCAAAGUCCAUCUUACCAUUUAAGAUAAAAUGUUCACAGGUUAAGCAGGUGGUGGUGCAUCCCCACAGUCCCAGCUACUCGGGGGGCAGAGGCUGGAGGAUUCACUUGAGCACAGAUGUUCAAGGCCAGCCUGGGCAACAAAGUGAGACCCCUUCUCUUAAGAAAAAUUAUAUAUAUCCACAGGUCCUGGGGAUUAGGAAUUGGACAUCUAUUGUAGAGGGGCUGUUAUUUAGCCUGACACAGGCAGGGUGGGAAGUGGGCAGGAGGAUGCACCCAGGCCCACAAUGGAACCUCUGUGCUUUGUCCAGCCUUUCCUGGAGUGAGAGUUGGUGCCAAGGCAAAGGUGGCAGGUCCAGACCCCAUGUUGAGAGAGGGGCAAGUGCCUCCUGAACCAUUACCACCAGGGAGAGCCAAAGGUAAAGAUCAGGCUUGAGAGAAAGUCUCAGUUUAGGAAUCUUUUUAGACCUGAGACCUUCCUGGUAACCAUGGUGGAGAAUUCCUCAACACUGUCUCCUCUCCAGAACCAUUCUGUGCUCCUAUUCCCCAAGGGUGAAGAUAAUUAUAUUCCCAGUGAACUAACCUGGGUUCUCUCUGGAAAGGGCAGAUUAGAUAGUUUAGUCUUCUUUAAAAAUUACUUUUAAUUCUUUAAUAGUUAAACCAUGCAUAUUAUAGCAUAAUGAAUUCCAUCAUCAGGCUCCUUUCUUAUUUUAUUUAGAAGAAAAUUAAAAAAAAUUUUGGCUCCUACCAAACUCACUCUCACUCUCUCUCUCUCUCUCUCUCUCCAUAUAUAUAUAUAUAUAUAUAUAUAUAUAUAUAUAUAUUUUUUUUUUUUUUAAGAUGGGGUUUCACCAUGAUGGCCAGGCUGCUCUUGAACUCCUGACCUCAGGUGAUCCACCCACCUUGGCCUCCCAAAGUGCUAGGAUUACAGGCAUGAGCCACUGUGCCCGGCCAUAUAUAUAUAUUUUUAAGAGACAGGAUCUCACUGUCACCCAGUCUGGAGUACAGUGGGAUAAUCAUAGCUCACUAUAUCCUUGACCUCCUGGGCUCAAGCAGUCCUCCCACCUCAGCCUUCUGAGUAGGACUACAGGAGCACAGGAGCAUGUCUGGCUAAUUUAAAAAAAAUUUUUUUUAAGAGACAGAGUCUCACAAUGUUGCCCAGCCUGGUCUUGAACUCCUGGCCUCGAGAAGUCCUCCUGCGUCAGCCUCCCAUAGUGCUGGGAUUACACAGGUGUGCGCCACCAUGCCUGGCCUCUCUCUUUUCUUUUUUUUUUUUGAGUUUGGUAGGAGCCCAUUGGCCUCUCUUUUUGAUCCCUCAUCCCUAUUCUCAUUCCUCUCCCUUGUCAGUAUAUGUUUGGAUAUGUAUGUAUCUUUGAAAAUAUAUGUAAUUAUGUGCCUAUGUGUUUUAAUAUACAUAAAUGGUAUACUUUUAUGGUAAGCCAACUUCUGUAAUGAAUUGCUCCCAAAUUUCAGUUAUUUAACACCACAGAUUUAUUUUUCACUUAUUCUACAUGGCACAGGUGUUUCUGGUUGGACAGGUCUCCUCCACUGUCCACUCCAACUCCCAGGCUUCUUUUAUUUUCAGAUGGUGAUAGCCUCAUCCCAGCAUCAUAAAGAUGUCAACUUUUCACCAAUUUGUUUUACUAUCCAAUGGUGAUCAUUUUAUAAAUUGCUUAUUUCACUAGGGAUUACAGAAUGGUAAUUUUCUAAGGCUACUAAUUUUUCCUCAUUUAUUAGCUCUAAUUCUAUACAGAAAACCUUUUUCACAUCCUCUGGGACCAUUUGAUUACUCUGAAAUAAGGUUCAUACCAGACUGGAAGGAUAAAUGCUUCAAUCUCUGCCCUUACCAUUUUCAAAGUAGUUAUGUCCUGACAACUUCUAAUGGUGUUUAAUGACUUUUUUGUUUUACUCUCUCUUUCUAAAUGAUCGCAAACAACCUGUAGUUCUUUUACAUUUAAUAUUGUUUAAUCAUUUGCCAUUUAUUUUUUGUGCUUUAUAUUACAUAAAGUAUCAAACAUAUACAAAA